AUGUCGGCGUCCACAUCGUCGACAUCACCGCCUGGUCCCCUUCGAAACCGAAGACAUGUUACCGCCCUGGACUCUCCUCGCGCUGUUGAGGUGGACGACGACCGCGACGAACAUCUCGCCGACUACCACGUAAAGAACCGCAGCUACAUCGAGAUCCUGCUGGAGUCUGAGGAAGCCAGUAUGGUGGUAGUUGCCGUCCUGACUGCGCUUUCCUUCGCCCUCCGUUUCUACAAAAUCAAUUGGCCAGACCAAGUGGUGUUCGACGAAGUCCACUUCGGCAAAUUCGCGUCAUACUACAUCUUGCGGGAGUACUACUUUGAUGUCCAUCCUCCCCUCGCGAAGAUGCUCUUUGGUCUAGCGGGCUGGUUUGUUGGAUAUGACGGGCAUUUCAUGUUCGAAAACAUUGGUGACAGCUAUCUUGAAAAUCACGUCCCUUAUGUAGGAUUGAGGGCCCUCCCUGCGAUAUUGGGGAGCCUCACCGUCCCUAUUGUCUAUGCAAUCAUGAAAGAAUGCGGGUACUCCACCGUUGUCGCCAUUUUCUCCGCCUCCAUCAUAUUGCUUGAUAAUGCUCAUAUCGCGCAGUCGCGCUUGAUUUUACUGGAUGCGACACUGAUCUUUUUCAUGUCUCUGACACUGUAUUCGUAUAUUCGUUUCCGCAAACUGCGCUUCCUUGAGUUCUCCCCUGAAUGGUGGGGUUGGCUACUGGCCACUGGCACCUUCAUGGCUUGCACCUGGGCCUCAAAAGUUAACGGUGUCCUGACGGUGGUCGCCAUUGGAAUCGCUGUCUUGGUCGACCUUUGGGACCUUCUUGACCAGAGGAAUAGUAUGGAUUACUUUUGGAAGCAUUUCAUGGCUAGAGCGGUCGGGCUCAUCGUGCUGCCCAUCUUCUUAUACCUUCUCUUCUUCUAUAUCCACCUGUCAAUCCUUGUGAAGACUGGUCCGGGCGACACUUUCAUGAGCCCGGCGUUCCAAGAGACGCUGAUAGGGAACGAAUUACUUCUGAACAGCCAGGAGAUUCGAUACUACGACACUGUUACUAUCAAACACAAGGAUACCAGAGUGUUUCUGCACUCGCAUCCAGAGGUUUAUCCUCUGAAGUACGAAGAUGGCCGCAUAAGUAGUCAAGGCCAGCAGGUGACUGGUUAUGGCCACGACGACUCUAACAACAACUGGCAGAUCAUUCCCACGAAGGCUCUCCCAGAAACUGGCCGUGGGCGGAUCGUGCGUCACGACGACGUUAUCCAGCUUUUGCACGUCAACACGCAAUCCUACCUGUUGACACAUGACGUCGCAUCCCCCCUCAUGCCUACGAAUGAGGAGUUCACGACAUGGCCGAAGGACGAUCUUUCCCGUUAUAAUGAUACGCAGUUCGAACUGCGCAUCGUUGAUGGCCAUGAGGGCGACUCGUGGAAGAGCAAGUCUGGACAUUUCCGCCUCAUUCACGUACCAACAAAAGUCGCUAUGUGGACACAUUCGAAGCAACUUCCUGAGUGGGCAUUCUCACAGCAGGAAAUCAAUGGCAACAAAAAUGUCAAUGACAAGACUGCGGUCUGGUUCAUAGACAAUAUUGUUGCGGAUGAGACUGGCGAGGAUCUGAGACAACGCACAGGCGAUAUCCCUCCGAAGCCGCCAAAGAAGAUGAACUUCUUCAAGAAGUUUGCGGAAUUGCAGCUUUUGAUGCUACAACACAACGCGGGUCUGACUGCGUCCCAUCCAUAUGCAAGCACACCAAUCAACUGGCCGUUCCUACUCAGCGGUAUCAGUUUCUGGACCGAGUCCAACGACCAGAAACAGAUUUAUCUCAUCGGUAAUCUCAUCGGAUGGUGGAUGUGUGUUGUGUCUCUAUCAAUCUAUGUCGGCAUUGUCGGUGGGGAUUUGGUGAUGAGGCGACGGGGUGAAAACCCGCUUUCUGAUCCUGUCCGCAACAGGAUGUGGAACUCGACAGGGUUCUUCUUCGUAGUUUGGGCAGUGCAUUAUUUCCCCUUCUUCUUGAUGAGCCGACAGCUGUUCAUUCAUCAUUACUUGCCAUCGCAUCUUGCCUCUGCUCUGGUCGCUGGAUCGGUACUGAGCUUCGUGCUUUCCGAGGAAGUGAACUACCCAGUGUCGACACGUGGCCCAUUGUUGUUGCACCCGAAACAAGCGAGAAAAGCAGAUCUGGGCGUGAAGGGCCCUGUCGUCGUCGGGCUUUCCAUACUACUGCUGUUGAUUCUGUUCGUCUACAUUUCUCCCUUGACAUAUGGAACGCCAGGGUUGGAUGGAGAUGCCGUGAACCGCAGACGGCUGCUGUCCGGAUGGACACUGCAUUUUGCAGGAAAACCAACAGAUUAG